AUGGGAAAGGCUAUCGCCCUUACAUAUGCUGAAGAAGGAUGCAAGGUUGUGGUUACUGAUGUUGUUGAACAAAGAAUUCAAGAAACUGUUGAAGAAAUUGAAAAAUUAGGAGGUGUAGCUUUUGGACACAAAUGUGAUGUAUCCAAACAAGAAGAAGUGGACAAACUCUUCGAAGAAACAAUCAACAAGUUUGGAACACUAGAUAUCUUGGUCAAUAAUGCAGGUAUCAUGGACAACUUUGUUCCAUGUCACGAUAUUUCAGAUGAAUUGUGGGAGAAAGUCAUGUCUGUUAACACAACAGCUCCAAUGAGAACCAUGAGAAAAGCAAUUCCAAUUUUCCUUGAAAAAGGUAAUGGAUCCAUUGUAAACAUUGCCUCAGUUGGUGGAUUACAUGGUGGUAGAGCUGGAAUUGCCUACACUGCAAGUAAGCAUGCAUUAGUUGGAAUGAGUAAGAAUGUUGCAUUCCAUUACAGUGAUAAGAUCAGAUGUAAUGUUAUUGCACCUGGAAGUGUUGCUACUGGAAUUGAAAUCAAGUCACCUCAUCCAUUGGGAGCUGGAAAAAUGUAUUUGGGAACUAAGUUGAUUCCUAGACUUGGUCAACCAGAAGAAUUGGCAAAGGUUGCAUUGUUUUUGGUGUCUGAUGAUGCCAGUUUUGUGAAUGGAAGUGUUAUGACUGUGGAUGGAGGUUGGACUUCUUUCUAA